AUGGCCCUGGACUUGGUGGUAUUUUCCUGCUUGCUCCUUGCCUUCAUUUCACUUUGGGGCCACGGGGCAGGCGUGGAGGUGACUGUUCCAUCUGAUCCGGUGAUGCAGCAGAAGGGUUUGAGUGUGGAACUCCCAUGCCAUUACAAAACCUCAGUCGACAAGAACUUUGCACUGGAAUGGAAGUUUGCAUCUGGCUCAGCUUCUACUGACAAAGCAAAACAGAUUCUCUACUUCACCAACAACGUGCUGUACAAACCAGGCUCUCAGUCUGAACGGCUAAGCCUCCUUCAUGACCCACCCACUUGGGGGGAUGCAUCCAUUCGUUUAGACAAUGUGCGUGCAUCGGAUGCCGGCAUCUACUCAUGUGAGGUGAAUGACCCUCCAGAUUUCUAUGGAACUGGCAUUGGAUAUAUCCAUUUGGUAGUUUUAAUGCCUCCAUCCAGUCCAGAGUGCAAAGGGGCUACUUACUCUACUGUCGGCUCAGAUGCCACCUUCACCUGCAGAUCUUCUGAGGGCAUGCCAGCACCAGUUUACUCCUGGACUCGGGUGGACCCCAAGACUCCCCUCCCUCUGUCUAACAUGGUAAAAAAUGAACAAACUGGGACCCUGAUGUUGACAAACAUCUCACAAGAGUUCUCUGGAAAGUAUCAAUGUGUUGCCUCCAAUGAGUAUGGCCAGAAUAGCUGCCAGGUAUCUCUCCAUGUGUCAGGUCGGAGUUAUGCAUUUAAUUUGCCCGCCUUCUAUGGGCAACCCCCUCAUUAG